AUGAGACACUGCUGUGGGGGUUAUUUGCUGCAGGAUCCAGGAAAUGUGCUGCCUUCCCUGUUCCGUGGCUUGGGCUUCGAAACACAGUCGUCUACAGCCUCUGGUCGUGGGGGAUCCGUGUUUGGCAGGGGGAUUCUGGGGGCUGUUGGCCAGGGUGAAGGCCCUUCCCAUCAACCUGGUUCAUCUAUCCGUGCAGCCUUUAAACCUCCUAUGCAUCCAGGUAGCGGGGAUUCAGCUGUACCCCUCGGAAGAGCUAGAUUUCCAAUGAGCCCUGCAGUUGGAGAGCAGCCCAUGUCCAUCUUUCCAAGUAGGGGUCUAGGAAGGCAGAUGGCUACAGUCCCAACCCCCACAGCUCCUAAAGUAGGAGGCUUUUAUACUGAUCCUUCAGUAAAACCUGAGGAACGGAGCUCUCUUGCUGCAGAACAGUCAGUGCCAAGCUUUCUUGCCAGGGGGAUAGGAAGACCAGAAACGGCUCAAGUCCCAGUCACCGCACCUCCUGGCCGAGGGAGUCCCCCUGCUGAAACUGCUGUCAAAGAGGAAAAGAGAGAACCUCUGAUUAAACAGGGCUGCAAGGGGAACACCAUUCCACUUGCCGUUAACCUAAUAAAGAUUCGCUGCAAAUACGAAGCUGUGUAUCAGUACCACGUCACCUUUACGCCCAAUGUGGAAUGUCGCAGUAUGCGCUUUGGCAUGCUAAAAGACCAUCGUACUGUGACCGGGCAAGUUACAGCGUUUGAUGGUGCCAUCCUCUACCUUCCUGUCAAGCUUGCACAGUCAGUCGAUCUAGAGAGUGAGCGCCGAACAGAUGGGCAGAAGAUAAAAAUCACUAUACAAAUGACCAAGAUUCUGGAGCCCAGUUCAGACCUUUGCAUUCCAUUUUAUAAUGUCUUGAUGAGAAGAGUAAUGAAAAUUCUGGAUAUGAAGCUGGUUGCUAGAGAUUUCUAUGACCCCACAAGUGCCACAGUACUGCCGCAGUACAGAUUGCAGGUGUGGCCAGGAUAUGCCGUCAGUAUACGCAGAACAGACGGAGGCCUGUUUCUUCUAGCUGAUGUCACCCACAAGGUUAUUAGGAAUGAUUCUGUGCUGGACAUCAUGCACGUCUUGUACCAACAAAGUCGUGAACACUUCCAAGAUGAUGUCAUGAAGCAGCUGGUGGGAAGCAUUGUGAUCACCAGAUACAAUAACCGGACUUACCGCAUCGAUGAUAUUGAUUGGAACAAAACCCCGAAAGAUGUCUUCACCAUGACAGAUGGCACAAACAUUAGCUUCAUCGACUACUACAGUAAGAAUUAUGGCAUCACAGUGAAAGAAGUGGACCAGCCGCUCCUAAUUCACCGGCCCAAAGAGAGGAAAGAUGCUCGUACCAAGAUGCCGGGCAUGAUCCUGCUCCUUCCAGAACUUUCUUACAUGACUGGCAUUCCGGAAAAAAUGAAAAAAGACUUCAGAGCCAUGAAGGACUUGACCCAACAGAUACAUCUGAGUCCCAGACAGCACCACACAUCCCUGGGAAAGCUGAUUCACAGGAUCCAGAACAGCGAAGAAGCACAAGCUGAGCUACAGAGGUGGGGCCUGCAGAUAGACUCCGAUAUACACCAGACAUCGGGAAGGAUUCUACCAGUGGAGAAAAUUAACCUGAGGAAAAACUCAUUUCCACCUGGAGAGGACCUCAACUGGACAAGAGAAGUGACCCGUGAGCCUUCAAUCUCAAGUGUUCCCUUGCUGUAUUGGGUAGUAGUCUAUCCUAAACGUGCCUACGCUCAGGUGAAGGAUCUGACGAGCUCCCUUGAGAGGGUUGCAGGUCCAAUCGGCAUGCGUGUGAGUCAGCCUAACCCCGUUGAACUUCAAGACGACCGGGUAGAGACAUAUAUACGAAGCCUCAGGUCACUGCUGGAGAGGGAGGGAAGGCUGCAGCUUAUUCUUUGCGUUAUAUCUGGGUCUAGAGAUGACCUUUAUGGUGCCAUAAAGAAGUUCUGCUGUAUACAGACCCCUGUCCCAUCUCAGGUGGUGAACACAAAAACGAUCUCGAAUCCACAGAAAAUUAGAAGCAUAGCCCAAAAAAUCCUACUACAGAUAAACUGCAAGCUGGGGGGUGAGCUGUGGGGCGUAGACAUCCCAUUGAAAUGCAUGAUGGUCAUCGGGAUUGAUGUUUACCAUGACCCCAGUCGAGGUUUACGGUCAGUUACUGGAUUUGUGGCCAGCAUGAACCAGUGCUUGACCCGGUGGUACUCACAAGUGGUUUUCCAGCUUCCUCAUCAGGAAAUUGUGGAUGGAUUAAAGCUGUGUCUAGUGGGUGCUUUGCAGAAAUUCUAUGAGGUGAACCACGUGCUGCCGGAGAAGAUUGUAGUGUACCGAGAUGGAGUCUCGGAUGGUCAGAUGCCAGUAGUGCAGAAUUAUGAGGUCCCACAGCUACAGACUUGCUUGGGUACAUUUCAGGGCUAUUCACCACGCAUAGUGGUGAUUGUGGUGCAGAAGAGAAUUAGCACCAAUAUGUACUGUUGCCAUAAUGGAGAAUAUGUUACUCCUGCACCAGGGACAGUGUUGGACCAUACUGUCACCUCCCGUGACUGGGUGGAUUUCUACUUACUCUCUCAUCAUGUGAGACAGGGCUGUGGUAUUCCUACUCACUAUGUGUGUGUGAUGAACACCCCCAACCUUAGCCCCGAUCAUCUACAGAGGUUGACUUUUAAGCUGUGCCACAUGUACUGGAACUGGUCUGGUACAAUCAGAGUGCCAGCCCCCUGCAAAUAUGCCCACAAAUUGGCCUUCCUGUCUGGCCAGUUUCUCCACCGCGAACCCUCCAUUCAGUUGUGCGAUAAGCUGUUUUUUCUUUAAAUGAAGAAGUCACCGGACUCCCAACAUGUUUAUUGAUUUAGUAUGACCCCCUUUAGGUUUUUAUUGCCCUGCCCACAGGAUCAUGCUGAGUCCGCAGAUUUAGCAUUAGCCUCUUCUAUUCUAACAAUGGUUACAAAUUAGUUUUUUUUGUUGUUGUUGUUUUGCUGUUAGAGGACUAGAUGUCUAUGACCGUUACUCUGGACAUAUUAAAACUUCC